AUGGUCUCUGGAGCAAGUCCAGGGGCAGACGGGCAGCACGGUGUCAUCGAGGUGGAGCAAAACUCCACCUAUCAGAGGGCACGAGCGGUGGGAAAGACAUGUCUUCUCAUCAGCUAUACCACCAAUGCCUUCCGAGAAUACAUCCCCACAGUGUUUGACAACUCUGCCAAUGUGAUGGUAGAUGGGAAACCAGUGAAUCUGGGACUGUGGGAUACUGCAGGACAGGAGGAUCACAGGCUCAGACCACUGUCCUAUCCACAGACGGACGUGUUCUUGACAUGCUUUCUGGUGAGCCCUGCCUCCUUUGAGAACGUCAGAGCUAAGUGGUAUCCGGAAGUGCGUCACCACUGCCCCAACACCCCCAUCAUCCUGGUGGGCAGGCUGGACCUGAGGGACGACAAGGACACUAGAAGGCUGAGGGACAAGAAGUUGUCCCCAAUCACCUACCCUCAGGGCUUGGCCAUGGCACGGGAGAUAGGUGGGUGCCUGGAGUGCUCAGCCCUGACCCAGAGGGGGCUGAAGACGGUUUUCGACGAGGCCAUCCGGGUCCUGUGCCCGCCACCAAUCAAGAGGCGCAAGAAGUGCACCCUCUUCUGA